CAUGAACUGUGUUCCAUAUAUUUUCUUUGAACUUGGGGUUAGGGAUAUACUUUUUGUGACUAUAAAAGUAUCCCUUUAAAAAUAAAGUGAGAAGUCUUAAUUUAUAUUAUUUUUUCAUACAAACAAAUUAGUUUUUUUAUACAAACUAAUAAAAAAAUAGUAUCAUAUAAGAUGAAACAGACAGAGCAGUAUUCGUGUUUGGAGGUUGUUAAUCGAGUCUAACAGCUAAAGUUAACUACCUCCUCACCUUUCAUGAAUAAAUAAGAAAGGGAAUGCUAGUUGCAAAAAUAACCACCCAUAAUGGUUAUUACUGCUCCCCGUUGCCAUUAAUUUAUCUCUUCUUUUCUCUGAACUAAUAGUAGCACUCAACUUCUUUACAAAGAAGUAAGGAUCUUCAAGCUACUUUUCUUAUGUUGGGCUUAUAUCCAGCCCAAACCCAAUAUACCCCUAGUCGAGUCCAUAAAUUGACCGCUUCUCCAUUCUCAUUAUCAUCUGCACAGAUAGAUAAAAACCAUGGCAUGCAAGAAGGUGAAUUGCAGACAACCUGUUUGAUUAAAUUCCCGAAAGAGCGGAUGGUUACUCCAGUGAGCCGUGCUACCUUUUAAUCACGCAAAUGUCCAUUUUUGAGAAGUGGGUCUGCUGUAAUUUCUAUUAGCAAGUGAAAAUAUUUGGGAAACUAACGGUAAGAAUGACAACUAUUGCUCUGGGUAAUAUUUGUUCGCUACAAAUGAAGACUUGUGAGCUCUUUGGAAUUUGUGCUUAGAAAUAAAGCCAUUGGUUAUUCAAGCCACAGCUAAAGCUAAUUCUCGAACUGAGAGUGCUAAACUUCGAAAUAGACGAAUUCGAAAAAAGUUUAAUGGAACUCCUGAAAAACCAAGACUUUCAGUCUUCUGCUCAGAAAAACAGUUAUAUGUUACAUUGGUAGAUGACCAAAAUAAGAAGUCUUUGUUUUACAGGAGCACUUUGCAAAAAUCAAUCCGGGGUGAUCCACCAUGCAAUACUGUAGAAGCAGCGGAACGUGUUGGUGAGAAACUUGUGCAGACUUGUGUCGAUCUCAACAUCAAUAUGAUUUCAUCUUAUGAUUGCAAUGGUUUUGCUCGAGGAGAAAGAAUGCAAGCGUUUGAGAUUGCCAUUUCUCGCCAUGGUUUGCUGCCCAGAUAGUUUCUUCCUUCUUUUCUAUGUGAAUUAUUUAUAGCCUUCAGAAGUCUGAAGCUUUCUCAUACGGGCUAGGGAUGGCAAUAGAACAGGGCAGGGCGGGGCAGGUGAAGCAUUGCCAUGACCCAAAUUCAACAUGCACUGCCCUGUUUAACAGUGUUUCUCUUUUUCAACCUGCCCCGCCCCGCCCUGCCCCAUUUAGCUUUUUCUUUUCUUCCUUUCUUUUAAGUUUGGAACUGUAACUAUUCAUGUUAUUAUAAACAGAACGAUGAAUAUGAUUUCCAUGAUAAAUCUGAUAACGGUAUGGCUUCGGUUUA